AUGUCCGCCAUCCGGCCACAUGGGCCUCGCUCCCUCCGUCACAUGUCCUACACCGAUGCAAUUCGCGGUGCAGAAAUUUACAAUUUCUACCAGAACUGCGUGCUUGAGCAGACCACAGAAACUGACACCGUGCUAGCCAUCAAAGUCAAGCCGCUCGGUGCCUUGGACCCCUCAGAAGCCAACAUGAUGCAGUAUACUGCAAGAAACGGCAUCCUGGCUCCGAACGUCCGUGGCGUCUAUGACAUUGUGACAGCAAAGCCCAUUGCCCGGGUGCUUGUAAGCGAACGGGUUCCCGGUGCGCCUUUGGCUGAUGUCUGGCUGGACAUGAACGAUGCUGAGAAACCCAACGUCGAAGACCAUCUCCGCACGCAACUUGCUCGCAUGCGCGCCUACAAGCUGUGGGCCGUUUGCCGACGAAAAGGCAUUUGA